AUGAAAGAUAGCGUUUCUAACCCACUUCUAUUUUGGUGUAUUGAACAAACAAAAAAUUACUCUUUCGUUAACAUCACAAAUUUCACAACAUCAUGGAAAGAUGGAAUAGCAUUUUGUGCUUUACUCCAUAAAUAUUUUCCUGACCUCAUAGAAAUUUCUACACUGAAAGCUGAAAAUGCCGUCAAAAAUCUCGAACUAGCAUUUUUUGUUGCGGAAACUAAAUUAGAUGUCCCAGUGCUUAUAAAUCCACAGUCUUUGGUAUCUGAGGGUAGUGUAGAUAAAGAGCUGGUUGUAGAUUACAUCUCAAAGCUGUACAAAGCAGUAACUUGUAAAUGUCAGGAACAAAUGUGGUCGAAUACAUCUGUUGAUAAGCAGCUAUCACUAUUGUAUGAUGAAGAAGUGGCUCUUCCUCUGUGCUGUUUGUGUGGGCAAAGCAUUUUUCGUUUGGAAGAAUUGACUGUUUUCAAUAAGAAGUACCAUCGUAGUUGCUAUCGGGAAAAUCAACUGAAUACCUUGAAGAGCGAAACCGGACCCUUAAAGUCUCGAUUGAAUAUGAGAACUUAA